CCCACAUGGUCUUUUGAAGCCGGGGGCGAGGAGGAAGUUCGCCGGGCUUCACGCGAGGAUAACGGGCGCCUUUUUGGCAUGAAUGGCGUCGAGGCGAUGUUUGGGGAUGGGGAUGGGGAUGGGGAUGGGCGCAUUCGACGUGGACAUGUCGUCGUGCGUACGCUUGCGGCGCGCCCUAGCCAGAGCGAUCGCGGCGUGGUGGCGUUCUACAAGCCUUUCCCGUUUUCUUUCGAGGGCGGCGAUAAGGGCAGCCUGGUUGUCUCGCUCAAUAGAGGCGACGACCUGCUCGGCGUGAGAGAGAUGCUCUUCCCAUUCCGCAAUUUCAUCGGCUGUGGGGUUUGCGGGAAGGCUCGGAAUGCGGCGAGGGAUGCGACGCUCGCGCUCACGGGGUUGAGCGUCGUUUCCCUCUUGGUUGUCGGUUGUCUCCUCAUGUUGGAAUUCACGCUGAGAAUGUUGGAAUUCACGCUGAGAACGGUGUGUUGCGAGGCGUUGUCGUCCAUGGUGAUGAUAAUGCCGCGGGCGAAAACACAGGUGUGGUAGGUCUGUGUCGAGAAUGAUUGAAAUUAGGUCGAUGUUGUGCAGAAUCAGAGUGCAAUGUCGUGAACAGAGAGUGCGCUUAGCCUGUUUUUGUUCCAAGAUCUGUGCGCUCGAGUGAAAAAGAGAUAAGGGAAAGGGAGCUA